AUGUCCUUUAUCGACUUCAUUACAGGCCCAUUCGAUAGCCGCGGCGAUGAUGCUGAUGAUGGAGAUGAUGAACAAUGGCGCCUGACUAUGGAUAAGUUUGGCCUCAGCACCGAUUUCCAAGAUAGGAUCAUGCACCCAACCUUUACAGAUAUUAGACUCACCCAGUCAUGUGCAUAUUGGUGCAAGGACACUGUGGAAAUGCGCUAUGGAGCUUUGCGCUCUAUCCAGCAAUCGUCUCUAGACAGGCAAAGACUUCUUGAAGACCUUAGAGGUCACGGCUACAGCUCGCCUAGCAGCUCGCAGCAGUGUCAGGCAGUUGGACAUGCACCUUUUAUUGGACCUUUGAUAUCUGUGGCCCAUUCAGAGAAAGAGCAGCAGCCAGCAUCUACAUCACAAGCACCAGUAUCCAUUUUUGGCCACGCCCCGUCCAUCAAUGACAUAGCUACAAACGGUAUUGAUGGUUACACUAUACUCUUCAAGAGUAUUGAUGAGUCGCGUACACAAAUCUUCCUCGACGCCCAGGGCUGUAUCCAAGAUAUAGGCGUGCUUUUAAGCUCGACUCCCUCCGACUUCAGCUCUGACCGUGCUUUGUUCUAUUUUACCCCAGAUUUCGAAACUGCGCACUACUAUGCUGGGUAUGCCAAGAUACGAGGUGGUGAGAAUACCAACGUUUUGAUCAUUUGUGUCGCCAUUCCAAAUGAAGCCAUCCAAAGUCUCACCGGGGAUGCUCUCCAGUAUCUCUACUGGCCCAACGAAGAUUGGAAAGAAUAUGUUUGGUGCAACCGCGCCCGAAAGACCAUGCCCCUUGAACUCCGCCGAUUUCGACGGGCUACGCUGCUCAUUGGUUCGACUGCUAAGAAGACCAGCCAAGCUUGGGGUCAACUCGCUGGCUCCAGCAGUGUGACAGAAAACUACGUUCUCAAGAUCAAUGGAGAGCCAGCUGUGCAAUACGUUUUUGACGGGAGUGACCAAGGCCAGGACUUCUUGAUGGAAAGCAUUGUGCCCCGGCCCUACAUGUACCAGUUCACUAAGAGUGAUUACUGGUUCCGCGAUAAAGGCAGCACAAACUUGGAUCAAUAG